CGAGCCCCUUGUCGCGCCCAGCGCCUACCCUGGCAGCCUCCCGUCCCGCCGGCCUCUCCCCUCGUAACCCCUUUGUGCCGCGCGGAGCCUCUGCCCCUGGCGCCACCUUCACCCAUCCGGUUCCCUCGACGCCGGAGCGCCCACCUGCCUCAAGGCCGAGCUCCUCGCGAAGACCCGCCUCAGCGGCCAGGCCAUGGGCACCUACACCUACACCAGCCAGCCGCGGGCCCUGCCCUGCCAGCGCCGCCGGUACCGGGACAACCUGCUGCAGCCAGAUGACGAACCUAUGCGUUUCGGGAACAUCAUGUAUGACAGACGGGUGAUCCGAGGCAACACGUAUGCCCUGCAGACGCUGCCACUGGCGGGGCAGCAGGACCCACUGGAACUGCAGAGGCUGCAGCAGGCGAAGAGGAGGGCCCUGGCCAGGAAGCGCGCACGAGAGCAGUUCCGGCCUCGCACGCCCGAGCCAGUGGAAGGCAGGAAGCAUGUGGACGUGCAAACAGAAUUAUACCUUGAAGAAAUCGCUGACCGCAUAAUAGAAGUUGAUAUGGAAUGCCAAACCGAUGCAUUUUUGGACAGACCACCGACACCACUCUUUAUUCCUGCCAAAACUGGCAAGGAUGUGGCCACUGAAAUUCUGGAAGGAGAGCUCUUCGACUUUGAUCUGGAAGUCAGGCCGAUGCUGGAAGUGCUGGUGGGGAAGACCAUCGAGCAGGCCCUCCUGGAAGUCAUGGAGGAGGAGGAACUGGCCAACCUGCAGGCCAGUCAGAACGCCUACGAGGAGCUCCGCAGCAUCGAGCUGGCCGAAGUGCAACGCCUGGAGGAGCAGGAGAGGCGGCACCGGGAAGAAAAGGAGCGCCGGAAGCAGCAGCAGUGGGAAGUCACCCACAAGCACAAUGAAACUGCGCAAAAGAUCGCCGCCCAGGCCUUUGCCCAGCGCUACCUGGCCGACCUCCUCCCGUCGGUGUUCGGCAGUCUCAGAGACGGCGGCUACUUCUAUGACCCCAUCCAAAGAGAUAUCGAGAUGGGAUUUCUUCCCUGGCUGCUGAAUGAAGUUGACAAAACCGUGGAACACAGCAUGUUGGGCAGGACAGUGCUUGACAUGCUGAUCCGUGAGGUGGUUGAGAGGAGACUGGACAUGUUCGAGCAUAAGUACCCGACCCCGGGAAACCGGAGCUGGCAGGGCAGCUCUGGAGCCAUGGCAGGGUCUGUGGGACCGUACGAGUUUCAAGCACCAGGCACCUCACCAACCCAGAACUCCUUCCUGGCCAAAGACUACCAGUCUAGACCAACCCCCGACAGAAGGUCCUUGGAGAGAGGGCUGUCUCAGGAUGGAAGAGGGGUGGAGGAAGGAGACCCCACUGGGCAGAGCACCGACACAGGCGUGAAGCAGACGGCAGAGCUGCCAGACGUCUGGAACUCCGCGCAGCCGUGAAGCCCGUCAGCAGCCAAGUGGACGGUGCAAACAGAGGAUGGCACAUGAGUCCCUCCACACAGGGAAAUUAUGUCGGAUUUAGUCAGCACAUCAGCAUACGGCGGACGGGGCAAGUUGGGUGUGAUGAAAUCCUAAAACUAAUAAUAAAACAAAGACUUCACGUAAACACUGA